CCCCCCCAAAAGCUGUUCCCAAGAGGCGUGCCUCAGUUUCCCCACUGCCAAAGGGUGGAAGAGCAGGAGGUGGCCGUGGUGAGGGCACGGUGGUGGCUUCUCCGCUGUCUGAUACUGGGGUUGAGCUGCAUCACCUCUCCCAAAGAGUCAUCCCCAACAGGCGUGCCUCAGUUUCCCCACUGCCAAAGGGUGGGAGGGCGAGAGUUGAUCAUGGGGGGGACACGGCGGUGGCUUCUCUGCUGUCUGAUAUCGGGGUUCAGCCAGAUCGCACCCCCCCACCAGAGGUGUGCCUCAGUUUCCCUGCUGGGAAAGGGCAGGUGGCUGCAGCAGUGGCUUCUCCGUUGUCUAAUAUUGGGGUUCAGUUACAUCACACCCCCCUCCAGGGCCAUCCCCAGCAGGCGUGCCUCAGUUUCCCCAUCACGAAAGGGUGGAAGGGUGAGAUGUGGCCAUGGUGGUGGCUUCUCCGCUGUCCGAUAUUGGGCUUCAGCCGGAUCACACCCCCCAUAGAGUCACCCCCAAGAGGUGUGCCUCAGUUUCCCCACUGCCAGAGACUGGGAGGUGGCCACAGAGAGGAUGCAGCAGUGUCUUCUCCACCAUCCUAUACUGGGGUUGAGCUGGAUUGCAUCCCCACCACCACCCCAAAGAGCCAUCCCCAGAGGCGUGCCUCAGUUUCCCCACCGGGAAAGCACGCGCGAGGUUCCCGCCGUGCCAAGCCCAGCGCCGGGGCACAGUCCACUUGGCUUCGCCCAUCGCCGGUGACGCAGAGCACCGGGACCGAAUCCCUGGGGACAAGCCCUGAGGAGGAGGAGGAGGAAGAGGCGGGAGCUGGCCUGUGGUGGGGAUGAAGGCAGGGCACCACGGGGAGAAGCCGGAGCUCGCCCGCUGCGCCCGAUAACACCGGCACCCGCCGCCGGCCAUGUGGGUGCUGGGGAUGCUGGGCUUGGCGCUGAGCUGCCGGGGGGCAGGCACCUUCCUGGUGCACGUGGCCAGCUCCUGCCCGCUGGCCGCCAACGGCUCCGUGCUGGAUUUUGGCCUCACCCUCGUCUUCAACAAGAACCCGCUGGUCUGUUACGAGCCCGACGCCCGGCGCUUCGCCCCCUGCGACUGGGGGCUGCUCCGUCCCUUCGCCACCGUCCUCGCCGCCUUCCUCAACAACGGCACCGGCUGGGUGCAGCGCGCCGAAACCCGGCGCCGGGCUUGCCGCGACCUGGCCCCCCGAUUCUGGUCCUCCACGGCGCUGCGGCGGACACCACCCCAAAUCCGCAUCGUCUCCGUCCCCCUCCCCAACACCGCCGACGCCGUCCUCCUCACCUGCCACGUCUGGGGCUUCUACCCCGCCGAGGUGACCGUCCUCUGGCUGCACAACGGGGACACGGUGGCCACCGGGGACAACGCCAAGCUCCUGCCCAACGGCGACUGGACCUACCAGACGCAGGUGACCCUGACGGUCACCGCCAAGGCUGGGGACACCUUCACGUGUUCGGUGCAGCACCCCAGCCUGGACCGGCCCCUCUGGGAGGACUGGGGUCCCGGCUUGUCCCCGGGGUUGACAGUGAAGGUGGUGGCGGCGGCGGUGAUAAUGACCGUGGGGUUGGUGGUCUUCGGCGCUGGCGCUUUCAGCUACUGCCGCCAGGAUCCGGCGCCUGGUCCUGGUCCUGGUUCUUGUCCUGGUCCUGGUCCUAGUCCUGGUCCUAGUCCUGGUUCUGGAUCUGGUCUUGGUCCUGGUUCUGGUCCUGGAUCUGGUCCCAGUCUUGGUUCCCAUCCUGGAUCUGGUCCCAGUCCUGGUUCUUGUCCUGGUCCUGGUCCUAGUCCCGGUUCUUGUCCUGGUUCUGGAUCUGGUCUUGGUCCUGGUUCUGGUCCUGGAUCUGGUCCCAGUCUUGGUCCCCAUCCUGGAUCUGGUCCCGGUCCUGGUCCUGGUCCCGGUCCCGGUCCUGUUCCUGGUCCUAGUUCUGGUCCUGGUCCUGGUCCCGGUUCUGGUCCUGGUCCCAGUCCCUGUCCCGGUCCUGGUCCUGGUCACGGUCCUGGUCCCAGUCACGGUCCUGGUCCUGGUUGCCAUCCUGGAUCCGGUCCCAGUCCCGGUCCUGGUCCCUGUCCCGGUCCCUCCAUGGCCAUGCCUGACCACACAGUGACCAAACUCUGAGGUCCCAACUGUGAUGGGGGGGGAUGCCCCUUAGCCCCCCCCCCAAAAUAAAGACAUUUGUGGUCCCCA